GCCAGCUACCUCCUCAUCCAGCAGCUCGACGGCGACGACAACAAUUCCUCCUGCCUCUCCGCCGGAUCCGAAUGCUCCCCGCUGCUCUCUUCGUUCAACUAAGGGUGUACCUCCUCCUUGUUACCAGGACUACCUCGCCCAUGCUGUAGAGAGCAUUCUUAUCCCGACCCGAUACAAGCAAGCUAACGACGCGCCAUGGACUUCGAAAUUGACGCCCUUCAUGCUAAGCAAACUUGGACUGUUGUGGACCGUCCUCUUGCCGAUGUUCCCGUCAUAGGAAGUAAGUGGUUCUACGUUCUCAAGAUGCUUCUCGAUGGUACGAUUGAACGCUUCAAAGCGCGUGUUGUUGCUUUGGGGUAUAUGCAAGAGUUUGGUAUUGACUACCAUGAGACAUUUGCGCCCGUUACCAAGAUGUCCUCAGUCCGCACCUUGCUUGCUGUUGCUGCCCAACAAAACUGGCCUCUUCUACAAAUGGAUGUGAAGAAUGCGUUCCUCCACGGCGACUUGGAAGAAGUUAUUUACAUGGAAAAACCUCCCGGUUAUGAUGUUGGCCGCCAUAAUCAAGUCUGCAGGUUACACCGCUCGUUAUAUGGUCUCAAACAGGCCUCUCGUGCCUGGUUUGAUAAAUUUCACAACACCUUGCAACACUUUGGCUUCCGUGAGAGCUUGAAUGAUCCUUCCCUCUUCACGCGCUCCACUUCUCAAGGUAUCGUUCUUCUGCUGUUAUACGUUGAUGAUAUGGUGAUCACUGGUUCUGAUACUGCAGGCAGUCAGCGUCUUAAAAGGGGAUUACAGGACUCAUUCAGCAUCAAGGAUUUAGGCUAUCUCUCUUAUUUUCUGGGGCUUGUGAUCACUCGUACAUCCGAUGGUAUUCUCCUCAAUCAACAAAAGUAUAUUCAGGAUCUUCUUGUCGACCAUCAGUUCGAGGAUUGUAAGCCGGUGUCCACCUCCAUGGAGCUGAAUCUGCACCUCCGUCGUGAUUCUGGUACGCGUUUCCUUGAUGGGGAACAGUACCGGAGUAUCGUUGGCAGUCUUAUCUAUCUCUUCGCCACCCGACCCGACAUUUCCUAUGCUGUUCAAGUGGUCAGUCAAUAUAUGUCCUCUCCGUGUGUCGAUCAUCUCGCUACUGUCCACCGAAUACUUUGCUAUUUACAUGGCACAAAAGAUGUUGGCAUCUUCUUUCCUAGACGCGACACCACUACUCUACGUGCCUACUCUGAUUAUGAUUUUGCAGGGUGCCCAGAUACUCGUCGCUCGACGUCUGGUUGGUGUGUUCAGUUUGGGGAUGCAUAUAUAUCCUGGCGAUGCAAGAAGAAAGACAAAGUGUCUAAAUCAUCCACCAAGGCUGAGUAUCGGGCUAUGUCUAAGGUAACCUCUGAGCUAGAAUGGAUUCGUCGUCUUCUACAUUAUAUGGGUGUUCACUGCUCGGUACCUAUGGAUUUGUCUGUGGAUAACACCAGUGUCAUUCGCAAUGCUGUUAAUCCAGUGCUUCAUGACCGAACGAAGCAUAUCGAAAUCCAUGUGCAUUAUGUUCGUGAUUUAGUAUGGGAUGGAACUCUUCGGUUACACUAUAUUCGUACAGAGGAUCAAGUUGUUGAUUUACUGACAACGUCUUUCACCACCAGUCGCCAUUGGUAUCUCAGUAGCAAAUUGAUGCUCGGUAACCGACAUCAAUUUGGGGGAGGCUGUUAGCGGAACAGUGGGUUUUUCUUCGCUUUAUUUCUAGCCCAAACGUUGUACUGAACAUUUGUAUACGUGUACUUGGGCCCACUCCCAUGCAAGCCCAUGCUAAGCUAGGUGAUGCUACGUAGAACCCUAGCCUAGUGUAUAUAUCUUCCUUUGGCCGCAUCUCUUCUGUAACACAACAGACUGAUAGUGAACUUGAGUGCUUGAAGAGCUUGAUCUCUUCCAUGGACUAGUCCUGGGAUUUCCGGGGAAACCAUGUUAAAAUAUGUGUGUCAUUUACAGUUUUUGUUAUUCCGUUUCUGAUAUUCAGUUCGUCAACACAAAUGUCACAAUUCGUCAUCUGUUUGGCAGAUUGGGAAAGCUAGAAGUGGUUUCUCGCAAUCUGUAUGAGCGAAUAUAUCUAAAGAAUAUGAUAUGUUCUGGAAAUUCGCCAGCAUGGAUCCUGGAAACGGUACUUCAAUUUCUUUCUAGCACGAUUGUUGGAACCCGUGGAUGGUGUUGUCUUUGUCGUUUCCUCCCGUCACUGCUGCCGCUGCCGUCCUAGAUGCUAAACUUUCUGACGUUGUAUCCCUUAAUGGUAAUGAGCUGGUGAAUUGGGUUGUUAAUUUUAAAUUUAUUUUUAGGGGGGGGGGGGGCAGAGAGGGAGAGAUCGAGGUGAGAGUUUUCUUGAUAACAUUAAGUGGUCUGAUAACGUUUUCAGUCCGAGUAGAAUAGUUUGGAAUCCUGACAAAAAUGGCAAGUCCUCUGUUAGCUCUUGUUACAGGAACCUGGUGAAAGACUCACUAGCUGGAACUCAAGACUUUUUAAUCCAUAAAGUUUGGAAGGCGGUGAUUCUGAGCAAGGUGUGUUUUCUCAUGUGGUUAGUCUACCACAACAGAAUUCUCACAAUGGAUAAUUUGAAGAAGAGAGGUUGGUCAUUGGCCAACAGAUGCUGCCUUUUGCUGCAAAGACGAGGAGACCGUGUCUCAUUUGCUAAUUGACUGUAUGUUCAUGAAGGAGGUGUGGCGCCUUAUUAAUCUCUUUAAAACCUUUUUGUCCUUUCAAGGUAGAGAGAUUGCAUUGAUCCUUAUUCGAAGGCGGACAACAUUGAAGAUUGGUUCAGAGAUUGCAUUUUGCAUGCCGUGUGGUGGUGUACUUGGCUGGAAAGGAAUCAAAGAGUGUUCGAAGAGAAGUCUAUGACAUACAAUGCGGUGGCCAGAAGAGCUGCAAGGAUCUCGAUGGAAUGGUUUGUGGCCCAUGAGAAAAUUGAAAAAAUACAGGGGGAAAACUGGUUGCGCGUUGCUUUGGAGGGUUGAUGAGCUUUCGUCACGGCUGCGUUGGUUCUCUAUGCUGUUUUGGUGCUACUAUGGGCAGGGUACACAAAUGUAAAAAAUGCAAUGCAAAUGAAUAGGAGAGGACAGUCUCGUCGACGAUCGACAUUGUGGUGGCACGCGAUAGGCUAGUCCAACUAUCGCCUUUUUCUCUUAAACAAUUUCCUUACGUCUUUAUCGAGGCGACCAAACACAGAAACAGAGCGGCAAAAGAGUGAAUCGGAGAGCACAUCGACGGAAUUCAUUAGAUUAGGACCUAACACUAUGAUUUUGAAAUGAGAGGUUUAGCUGGGUGGGAUAAAGAGUUUUUUUUUCUCAAGCAGGUGAUCUCUCUGGUCAGUGGGUUGGUAGUUGAUUUUGUUUAAGAGCCGAAGGAGAAGAGGUGGGUGUAGGUUAAUCAUCCUGGUUUAUAUUGAUCGAACCACAACCAAGAUUUUCAACUCACCCGCCACGUUUACCGGCCUAGAUUGAAUCGAAAACGGUUUACUCCUCCGAACCUAGAUAUGCGACUCGGUUACGAAUUUGACUAAAAGACCAACAUUUUU